CCUCAUUGAAGAAGAAGAAGAAGAGCCUCACGCUUCUGUUCUCUUCAAUUUCUCUACGCCUAGGGUUUCCAAGAGAGGAUAGAAUUGUGUACCAGGCCAUGGCAGAAGAAUCCCAAAAGUUAGAAACUGUAAAUUUAUCAAAAAAGAGGCGAUUAGGGCGUAAGAAAGGAAAUAAGACAAAAAAGAAACUAAAAGGGUUUGAUGGCAGUGGAGAGAGGAUUAAAAUAGACAGGAGAAUGAAAAAGCUGUUUCGCAAAAGAGCAAGAGAUUAUAAUUCAGACGACGAUGAAGAUGAGGGGGAUGAUGGUGGGUAUGCUGUUGCAACCAAAGGUGAAAACGCAGUGCCUAUUAUAAAAGAGGUGGCAUUGGAUGGUAAGGAUUCUUCAGAAGAAGAAGAGGACCACCAGGAUAUUGAUGAAGAAAAUGAAAUUUCUGAGGAUGAAGAAGGUGAAAUUCAACCAGGAAUUACAAAGCUCACAGAAGGUUGUAGAGCAUUCAGGCUAGCAUUCAAAAAAAUCAUAAAGAAGAACGUGUCUGAUAUUUCCCUGGGUCCAGUAUUAUCAGGACACAAGAAGCUAGUUGCAGAAAAACUUGCUGAAGAGGAAGCUGACCAGAAGGUCAAGGGAGAUGUCAAAAAGGAAAAACACCUGCUGGGAGAGAAGGGCCAUGUGAAGCCUGCCAAUUUCUUGGAUUCACAUGAAAAGUUUCUGAUAGGCGUUGCUACAAAAGGAGUGGUCAAGUUAUUUAAUGCUGUCAACAAGGCACAGAAUGCUCAGAAAGGCUUGAAUGCUUCAAGAUUUAAGGAUGAAAAAGCAAUAAUUAAGCGGAGGAAAGAAGCCUUCUUUUCCGAGUUGGGGAAGACAGCAUGGUCAUCAGCUGGCACUCCUGCCAAGGCUCAUAGAUCGAGUGGUCCAGUGGAUGGUGAGGGGCCUGCCUGGGCUCCAUUGCGUGACAGUUAUAUGCUAACAAGUUCCAAGUUGAAGAACUGGGAUAAGAUGCCAGAUUCUAUCACAGAAGAUGAGAUUGAAAGGAUGCCACUAGAUAGCUCUGAUGAUGAUUGAUUACAUGGAACGGCAGGACCAACAGGCUCUCGGGUGGAUUUUCUCAGCCUGGGGAAAUUGAAGCAGUGUGUCUUUGUAUUGAUGCCCCUUUCAAAGCUCUGUAAUGGCCUACGGAACAACUCAAAUGGUUCAGGCUAGAUAGGGUUUAGUUUCUUAUUCUUUUGCUGUAACUUAAAUAUAAUAUCAUGUUUGGUUGAUCGAGAGUUGAAAAGGAUGGUAUACCUAGUAAUUUACUCGGGCAAUUUUGAAUUUCUGCCCACUUAUCUCUA